GGGGGGCUGUAGGGGUUUGAGGGGGCUAUAGGUGUCAGCCCCCCUCCUCACGGCUUUAAUCCCUUCCUCCCAUUUGCAGGACCUCUCUGAGCCUCGUUCAGGGGUACCCGAACCCCAACUGCAGCCAUGGCCUCACUGGGCUCCGGCAGCGGGCAGACGGUCACCGAGUACGUGGUUCGAGUGCCCAAGACGAGCAGCAAACGCUACAACAUUGUGGCCUUCAACGCCGCCGACCGGAUCAGCUUCGGCUCCUGGCACCAGGCGCGCAUGGAGCGGGACCUGAGCAACAAGAAGAUUUACCAGGAGGAGGAAAUGCCCGAGUCCGGCGCCGGCAGCGAGUACAACCGCCGGCUGCGCGAGGAGGCGCGGCGCAAGAAAUACGGCAUCGUCCUGCGGGAAUUCCGCGCCGAGGAUCAGCCCUGGCUGCUGCGCGUCAACGGGAAAGCCGGGCGGAAGUUCAAGGGUGUGAAGAAGGGCGGUGUGACGGAAAACGCCUCCUACUACGUCUUCACGCAGUGCCCGGACGGCGCCUUCGAGGCCUUUCCCGUCCAGAAUUGGUACAACUUCACCCCUGUGGCCAAACAUCGGACACUGACGGCCGAGGAGGCCGAGGAGGAGUGGGAGAGGCGGAACAAAGUGCUGAACCACUUCAGCAUUAUGCAGCAGCGUCGGCUGCGCGACCAGGACGAGGAGGAGGAGGAGAAGGAGAAGGGCAAAAAGGCCAAGAAGAAAGGGGGGGACCUCAAAAUCCACGACCUGGAGGACGACCUGGAGCUCAGCUCGGAGGAGAGCGAAGGCAGCGAGGCCGAGGCGGAGAAGCCGCCGCGCCCGAAGCCUCCGGGAGGGAAGAAGCGGAAGAAGGCGAAGGGCUCUGACGACGAAGCAUUCGAGGACAGCGACGACGGCGAUUUCGAGGGCCAAGAGGUGGAUUACAUGUCCGACGCCUCCAGCAGCUCCGUGGAGGAGGAGGCGGGAAAGGCCCCGGCGGCCAAGGAGGACGACGCGCCCAAAGGCAUCGACGAGGCGAGCGAGAGCAGCGAGGAGAGCGAGGAGGAGAAGGCGCCGGAGGAGAAGGAGGAGGAGGAGGAGGAGAAGAAGGCUCCGACGCCACAGGAGAAGAAGAGAAAGAAAGACAGCAGCGAUGAGUCCCAAACAUCGGAGGAGAGCGACAUCGACAGUGAAACCUCCUCAGCGCUCUUCAUGGCCAAGAAAAAGACCCCCCCGAAGCGGGAGCGCCGCGGCUCGGCCAGCAGCUCGCGCGGUGAGAGCCGCCCGGGGACGCCGGAGCCCGGCAGCACCGGAUCCACCCUGCGCGCCGCCGCCAGCUCCCUCGAGCAAGGUCGCCGACAGCCGCCGGAGCCGCCGGCCGCCAAACGCCUCAAGCUGGAGCCGCAGCCGCCGUCCGGCAAAUCCACCCCCAGCAGCGGCGAGGUGCAGCUGACGGAGGACGCCGUACGGCGGUAUCUGACGCGGAAACCGAUGACGACCAAAGAUUUGCUGAAGAAGUUCCAGACGAAGCGAACGGGACUGAGCAGCGACGCCACCGUCAACGCUCUCGCGCAGCUGCUCAAACGCCUCAACCCCGAGCGCAAAGUCAUCGGCGACAAAAUGCACUUCUUCCUCAAGGAGUAGCGACCCACGGCGACCCCACGGUGACCCACGGCGACCCACAGAGCCC